CCAAGUGAGUUGCUCCCGGGGUACACAGGCUGCGGGCCGGCUAGUGAGCUCCUGAUGGAAAAGCCGGGAAACUAGGAAGUGGUUCCGGGGCUUGGCGCACGUUAUCGCGGAGGCUGGGGCCGCGCGCCGCCAGUCCGCGCCGAGCCGUCGCCGCCGCACCACGCGUCACGUGUCGCCCCGGCCGCAGCGCGCACGCGCCAACGAGAUCGCGACAACCCAAAACAUUACGAAAAAAAUUCACGCCACCCACUUGCCAACGAAAAGUGACAGUGACGUUUCGGGGGGGAGCACGGUGACAAUAACACGCAUUUGUAUUAUGUAGUUUACAAAAAUUAUUUACAUGAUUCAGUGAAAAUUUUCAGUGAUACGAUCAACUGGUGAAUUGAGUGCGAUCGAUAGGUGUCGCAGUGGUUGUGUUGUUGGUUCCGAGGAUGGAUGGUGGUGGGCCGGCGGGCUAGGCGCGAUGAUGCGCAAGGAGAACGCCGGCGCUCCCGGCGGGACGGAGUUCUCGCUGGAUGCGGCGGACUGCAUCACGCUGCAGCAGAUACUGCAAGCGUUCAACUCCACCAUCAGCGAGGAGCACGCGUGGGCGCUGUUCUACCAGGCGGCGCGCUGCUUCCAGAAGUGCCUGACGGACGGGCCCGCCGGGUUCCUGGUGACGGAGCCGCGCCAUGUGCUGCUGCACAAGGACGGCACCGUGCACCCCAGCACGCUGCUGCAUCCAGGAGAUGACAGCAGCAGAGAGGAGGUGUCUUCAGAGCAACAGUUGGUGGUGAACUUAGCACUGGUGAUUUACCACGCGCUCGACUACACACACUCGGAGGAUGAGGAGCGGCUUAUCUCGCCGGACCUUGAGGGUCUUAUCACUGAGAUGACGGCCUGCGAUACUACAGAUGAUGACGAGGAAUGCGGCGCCCUCUCCGAGGGUUCGGAGACGUCGGAGUGCGGGCGCGCGGACACGGACGACGAGGGCAUCGAGCGCGACUCCGAGCCCGCGCCCCGCAGGCGGCGCCGGCGCAGGCGGUUCAUGCUUAAGGAUGUCGUUGAGCGCUGUGUAUGGCACUGCGGCGGCGGCGGUCGCUGCGCCCGCGAAGCUGCUGCAGCGCACUACCGCGCCGUAUGCCGCGCCCUCGUCGCCGAAGCCCUGGAACUGGCCUCCUUCCUCGCGAGGGUCCGCGUCGGAGGCGCCAGAGACAUGGGAGCCGCUGAGGACUCCGCCGCGCAUCUCGACACGUUACGGUUUUCAGACUGGUCAAACCGAAGGAUAUGGAGAGCAUUACAAGCGCGGUUUUGGAUGCAAGUCAUCGGUGAACUGAGGAUGGGGGUUAAAUUAAAGAAAGUUAACUAUUCAAGGACACCAAUAGAGUACGAGUUAACGCCGUACGAAAUAUUAAUGGAUGACAUUAGAUCCAGGAGGUACACGCUAAGGAAAGUUGAUGGCGCGAUACCUCCAAGUGUAAAGAAAGACGCUCAUGCAAUGAUUCUCGAAUUUAUUAGAAGUAGACCGCCUCUUAAAAAGGCAUCAGACCGCAAAUUGCCGCCUCCUCGUCGGGAGAUAACGCCACGGGAAAAGCUUCUCGCUUCCAUCCAAGUCGGGAGACAACUACGACCCACUCCUUACUCCAGACGAUUAUCUACCAGUGGUACCGGCAGCGGUCCUGGUGGGGGUGACACGAGGCGCGGCGGUGACGUCACGCCGCACGCGCAACCCCAGAGGCGACUUAUCAAAGUGGACUUUGAUAAUCUAGAGGACGAUGAAGAUGAAGAUGACACAGAAACGUGCACGAGUCCGGAAGUAUGCGCGCCACAACCUUUCCCAAGGCAUACGGCACCACAGCAACAAACUACUCCCAAACCUUGGAAAAGGACCGAGGAGACGCCCCCCCGAGCGCCGCCGCGCACGCGAAUCUCCCACGACGAGUACCACCAGUUCUGCGAUGAGACCCUCGAAUCAUACGAUCUGGCAACGCAGUGUCCGUCACGGCGCGCGUCCAUGAGGCGUCACACCGUCACGCACGCUGUCUGCCCACCCACCGAUGGAGCUCAUUCAUUGCCACAUUCAAGGCCGGGAUCCCGUGCGUCAUGCGCCGGCGCAGCUUCCCUAGCAAGUAGCGACGCGGACGCUCAACUCGGAGAACUAUCCUGGUCUCGAUCUAGUUUGCAAGACGAGCUCAUCAAGUCGGUUAGUGGCAGCCCCAACCAUGGCUCGCAUAAACAGUGGCAGGACGCCAUAAUGUCUGACGACCGGUUGUCUCUGACCCUGGAAGAGAUUGUCCACAUCAGGUCUGUGCUGACGAAGGCGGAACUAGAAGUCCUGCCAGUUGAAGGCAGGGUUAAAGAAGACGUGGAAAAGAGAAGAGUAUGCUUCUUGUGUUUGAAAACAAGAUUCGGAAUUUUUGGUCCUUGGGGCCAGAAGUGUAAAUUGUGUAAAAAGACUGUCUGUCAAAAGUGUUGUUCAAAGAUGCGUAUCCCAACGGAGCACUUUGCGCACGUGCCGGUGGUGCUGCUGAGCCCCUCGCUGCUUCCUUCACCAGAGGACGAGGCGCACUCCUCCUUCCCCAGGAGCCUCAUGUCCAGGCUCGUGUCUCCUGAGUACUCGAGCAUGGUGGAGAACAGCGUGGGCAGUGCACCGAGCAGCCCGGCAGCCACGCGGCGCGCGAGUGGCGCGGCGUGCGCCGGGCCGGUGUCGCUGGCCGCCGCACACAGCGCGCCCGGCUCCCGCGGCGGCUCGGCGCUCGGCUUCUCCGACCAGCUGUCCGUGCCGCCGCACUCCAUGUCCCGCAGCGUGGAGGGCCCGCAGGCCAUGUCGCUUGUUAACACGCCGCCUUCUACUUUAGAUCGCAGAGCGAGGUACGGUCGCAGCACGACGGGCGUGACGGCGGCGGAGCGGCUGCGCGGCGUGCAGAUGGCGGUGUGCCACGACUGCAAGGCGAUGGUGCUGCAGAUCAUCAAGUCGUCGCGCGCGUCGCGCUCGGCGUCGCGCGACCGCGCGCUGCGCCACCUCACGCUCGACCUGGCGCCCGUCUACACCGCCGACUGUUAGUGCGCGCGCCACGCCGCCACCCGCCAGUGGUUCCUGUGACCUGCACCACCCCACACCACUCACGAACUCGACCACACCAAGCGAGUGCCAUCAAAAAUUUUCGCGAACCCAAACGUGAUCGGUCAAGUGAUUCAGCUAAAAACUUACAGUGAUACAAAACAAUUUCGGUUGAAUGUUGACGUCACAGUGUUCCCGCGCUUGCUGGUGAAGCUGGUGCGUGCACCACACAGUCGGUCCAGUGGAGAUACUAGAGUUGAGCUGUACGUAUUUCUGCUGCGACGCAACAUAGAACAAAAUAUUCGAAGGAUCGUCAAUACCUUCGCCUUAAGAAGCUUACGAAAUAAUUGUACAUUUUUAUUUUUCCUUAAAUCUAUGUUUUGUAAUA